CAAUUGUUUUUUUCACUCUGUUUACGUAGAAAUCUUUUCUCCGCCCUUCAAAGUGACAAAAUCUUAUUGAUUUUUCGGAGCAAUAUGUGUCAGCAACAAAGCACCUUAAAGCGCCUCAAUUUUUGCACGAAAUUUCGAGCCUGUCUCCUCUGGGCUUUCUGGAAUAUAAUCAGUGGGUGUCUUUUCAUUCCUCUGCACAUUAGGUUCGUGAAAUAUCAGGAGCUGCAAUUUUCUAUUCUGAUUUUGGGUUGCGUGUGCGGUGUUUCUUUCAUUAUAUCUGGGAUUAUACUGUUAAUCGGACUUUUGAAAAAAAUACGUUGGAUGGUAUGUUUUUCAAUAGUUUUCUCUACUAUUGGGACUUUGUUUAUCCACUGGCUUAUUAUUCCAUUUGUGCUUUAUUUCAUUUUUUCGUUUAUUGUUUUUAAUUAUUAUCAAGUGGACAUGGCCAUUGAUGAUCGUUUUAAAAUUCCAAAAAAAUAAAAAGUUGUACUUAUUUCAGAUAUGUAAUAAGAACAAUAGUUUAUGUAUAUCAAA